AUGCGAGUGUCGGUUCGCAUUCGAGUCGAGGCCGCCGCCCGGCGAUAUUUUGCCGGCGAGAGCAUUCAACGAUUGCAGCAUUGCGGGCGGCGGCCGCUGGAUUCCAAGCGGCCUGGUCACGGUGAUGGCUCGCUAACGUGUGCUAGUCUGUUAUCAACCGCCCGCUUAUCUAGUGAUAAGCGCGGUGGAACACCCGCACCCCGCGACAUUGCCACC